AUGGCAUGGAAUAAUAGAGAGGCUUUGUGUAUAGCUGUUGUAAUCUCGAGGCCGGUAAAACCUAUUUUAAAUCAUACCUGCGACGGAGGUCUUUGUUGCCACCCCGAAGCCGGCGAAGACAUGCCCCGACCAGCAACGAUAUGA